CGAGGUCUCGUCUGUCGUAACCAUCUCGUAACUCGCAAUCAGAAUACCGAUUUUUAGUGGCUAGUCGGUGUAUGCAGUGAACUUGGCAAUUUGCAUUAAUUAAAACUUGGACCUAGAAAGUAGUACUUGAACAAGAGUUCCGACGACGAUAGAUAAAUUCUGAAUUUAUGUAACUUCAUCCACAUAAAUUGUUGCCCGCGUUGAAAGACGUCUAGUCAUGGGAUCAGGUCAAAGUGCCAGAAAGCUAACCAUUUCAAACGAUGAGGUAGUCGGAGUGAUUCAAGUGUCAAACGCAGUUGUCCAGCGACUUCAGGGUGCCGAGGAUGAAAUUGGAUCCAAGGACGUAAGGGAUGCUCAGCCAUCCAAUCUGUUGUCACUGCCCAGUGGGGUUCCAAUCCUCCCUGGUCAGGGAGCUCUGUCGAAUGGAGUGGCAGUUUAUCAUUAUCCAGAAUAUACUAUAUCAGCUCUUGAAAUCCAACAGCAGAAAGAGGAAGAACUCAAGAGCCAGGAUCAGUACUGGCAGCGACGUCUUCAAAACUUGGAAAAAAAUCAUGAAAAAAUUGAUACUAUCAUGGAAACUGAGUACAAGAAAGCAGUCGACGAGUUUACAGAUGGUAAAAAGGCUCCGUCAACCAAAUUGCCAAGACCUCCCUGCACUGAGAAUAGCACUGAAGUACUAAAAUGCUAUCAAGAAAAUCCCAAGGAAAUAUUAAAGUGCUCCACUUUGGUCGAAAAAUUUUCCAACUGCGUGGAUCAACGUCGUGCAAAAAUCAUCGCUGCUCGAUGCUGAGAUAUGUCAUGAACUUAGCAGUUUAUUAAUUUUACUUUCCUUUGUUGGAGUUUGAAUGUUUAGUUUUCAACAGAUUGUACAGCAGUUGGUAUGAAUAAAAUAUUUAUUGUUCACAUUGCAAA